AUGCUCUCUUCACAAACGACUGUGCUACUCAUAAUAGUAGCUGAGGUAUUGAGCUUUCUAAUUCUCCUGGGUCUGCUGGUCGUUCUAUACCGCAUUCUUAUUGUACGGUAUAAGGAGAAGAAAGCAUCUACUCCACGGGACAUUGACAAGGAGCUCCUUCACCCAGCACUACGAAUCAACACCAAUGUCAACACCAGCAAUUCACCACCCGUAAUUCAAUCAACGAUCACCAAGCCAAGCGCCACUGCAAACCCUACCAACAAGCCAACGUACACUCCGCCAGAGCCAUUCCAGUCCGCUAGCGCCCAACUACAGUAUAAAUACCUUCUUUCACGCCUACACACCCGUCCUCAGAGGACACAAGCUCUGCGAUCGGAGUCUGUUCCUCGCCAUUGCUCAUCUCACGUCCCAAGGUCCGUUAGACCGAUCCAUACCACUUUGCUACCGCCUAAGAAGCUGCCAGUUAUUCAAGAAUCGGUGGCUAGGGGGAGCGUGAAUGUUGUUUCUCCUUGUUCAGAUGCUGUUCGACCUCCUACUUCGGCAGAUCAGGUUAUUUAA